AUGAUAGAUGCUCCUCUACUCCAGUGUUUGAGGACUAGGGUUUACUUAGCAAAGAACUUCAAAAUCAUCAGUUUGGGUUGCUUCACCACCCUAGAUAUUGAUAUGGUCCUUCCUCAUGUGAGUUGCACCAAAAGUUUAAUUUGUGAUACCCUCACCGAUAUUCUGAGGUUCAGAGGCCUUGUUACAAGUAGUUACAUUUUGAAGAACAUCUUUCUAUACUCCGAACCGGGACCAUUCAUUCAUCAGUUCCGUGACCUAUCCCGUUUACAUGACCCUAGUUAUAAGAAGAGCAAAGAACCAAAGUUGAUGUUUUCAACAGUGCCUCCGUGUCUAGUAUCAUCGCUCAGGUUUAUGGAACUGAAACGUUUGAUCCCAAGGUAUGAAGGGGAAGUAGAGCUAGUAAGAUACUUUCUCAAGAACUCACCAAUCCUGGAGAAACUAAAGCUUGAUACUAACUAUACCAAUAAGGGCAUGCUUGAUUUCCUUAAAGAAGUCAUUGCAUUGCCGUGA